AUGCUGUUAUUAGCUUUGGAUAAUCCAGGUAAACCAGUCAACUAUAAAUUAGAACUGGACAUCGAUCCAGAAAGUUCCGAUUUCAGUGGGUCUGUCGAUAUAACUUUCCACAUCGAGAAAGGCACCAUUUUUAAUGAAGUAAAACUGCAUGCAGGUGAUUUAUCCAUCGUUAGUGCCUCUAUUACCAAUGAGAAUAGCACUUACGAAGCUAAAUUAGAUGUUUCCUACGAUACCACCCAACAAUUGGCAAUUUUCAGAAACCAUGGUGGUAAUACUCUCUCACUAACAGAAUGUCAGAUUUAUCGUUUGAAGCUAGGUUACACAGGUAAGAUUAACGAUAUUGCCUCUCCUGGAGAUAAAACAGUGGGCGUUUUCAAGGCAAGACAUCCCGAUAAUAAAGGUUAUAUUAUUGCUACACAUUGUCAACCAUCUUUCGCAAGAUUAAUUUAUCCAUGUGUCGAUGAGCCCUCUGUUAAGACCACUUUCGAAUUGUCCAUUAUAUCAUCAGCAACCAUGAAGGCUGUCUCAGCUGCAAGUAUUGACGUCAUCGAAGAUAUAGGUAGUGGCAAAGUUAAGACUAUUUUCAGAAAGACUCCCCUACUGACGACAUCAUUAUUCGGGUUUACACUUGGUGCAUUUGACACCAUAAAGAUUGAAAUACCAAUUACUCAAAUUGUCGAAGGUAAUGAGGAACAGCAAUUCUUCCCAGUAAUCAUGAAUUCUCCGAUGAAUGUCAGUCUUACUUCUUUUGCCAUUGAAACGGUCAAAACUUACCUACCAAUCUUGGUUAAAUACUUCAAUAAUUUCAUUCCUUAUUUGGAAAAAUUGGAUUUUGUUCUUUUACCUUACUUAAAUGACAUGGUCAUGGAAAAUUUUGGUAUGAUCACAGCACAUAUGAAUUUACUUCUAUUAGCUGAUGAUAAGAAUGUAGCUUUAAAAAAACAAAUGGUCCAAAUUAUUGUUCACGAAUUAGUCCAUCAAUGGGUUGGUAAUUUCAUCUCAUUUGAUUCGUGGGAGUCUCUUUCAUUCAAUGAAUCAUUUGCCACAUGGCUAUCUUACUAUUUAAUUUCAGAAAAUGAGGAAGACUAUUUCACUUCAAAUGACUAUGUUUAUGGCGAAAUUCAGCCUGCUAUGGUUCACGAUUCAGGUUUAAAUUCACAGAGUAUUCGUGACAGCUAUUAUUCAAUUAUGAAGCAACUUGAUGGGAAGGGAUCUGGUACAACCCGUGAACUUUUCAAUCCUUACUCUUAUUUCAAAGGCGUAUCUGUAUUAAGAUCGUUACAAUUGACCACUGGAGAAAGUUUACUUCAAAAGGCCCUGGCUCAUCUUUUUACGACUGAAAACAUUCCAAGAUUUCACAAUAUGAGUAUAAAGCCUAUUGAUAUUUUUAAUGAAGUUGGUGCUAUGCUAAAAUCUGAAAAUAUUGCUAAUUAUUUCAGUUCUUGGAAUAGAUUACCAGGGCUACCAAUUCUCUCUGUUACCGCCACGGAAGAUGAAAAGACUAAAUUGGUUCAACAUAGAUUCUUCUCAAAAGAGUGUGGUGAAGUCAACGAAACCGAUUUCGAAGACGUCCCAUACCAUAUUCCAUUGUUUACUUUAUUACCAGAUGGUAAAAACGAUACAAAACAUGUUUUAUUGACAGAUAGGUCAUUAAAACUUGAUUAUAGGAUUUUACUUUGUAACAACGAUGCACAAGGUUACUAUUACGUUUCGUAUGAAUCAGAUUCUUUGUAUGCUGGAAUUUGUCAAGGUUUACAAAACAAAACAAUUUCUUCAUUUAAUCUAUCCAAAAUUGUCGAAGACUUGUCUAACUUCAUUGGUAAUUUAAAUCACCAACUACCAAUCCAUUUCACUGGAUUCUUCAAGAUAUUGAAUAGUUUCAUUUCGUCUUUCGAAUCAAUUGACGAAAUGGUGAAAUCAAAUUAUAGUAUACCAUUUUUGAAAUGUCUAGCUGUUUUAGAAACGCUGGAAGUGGCAGUUUACAAAUCUAAGAGGACAGAGUUACGUGACCAAAUCCAUAAAUUUGGUACUAAGAUGUUUAAGAGUUUUAUUAUCAACAAAAUCGAUCUUAGGGAGGUACCAUCCGACCAGACAACGAUUGUAUCCAAGAUUAUUAGAUUAACACGUAAGAAUCAAAAGACUAUCAACAUAUGUGAACCAAUUUACAAGAGCUUAUUGAAAAAUGUCUCUUCAACGAAUAAGUUUCCCGUUGAUCUUUUGGAAUCCGUGCUAAUUGUGAUGACCACCACACAAGUUAAGACUGUCAAACAAUGGAAGGAACACAUGCGCCUUUUGAAAGAUUCACAUUCCAUGAAAGCAGCUUUCUUCAGCAGUCUAGGCUACGUCUCGACAGAAGAACUAGUGACCAAGUUGUUGAAUUUCAUCGAUUCCGAUAUCAAGGACGUCAACGACGUGACCUUGUCGCUAAUUUCCCUCUGCCAUUACAACGAGACCCGGAACGUGAACAACUUGAUCUGGAAGUGGUUUACGUCAAGUUACAAGCAAUGGGCCAACAAAUUGCACGAUGCACAGUCAUUCUCGCAGAUUUUUACCAUUGUGCUUUCGGCGUUCAUAAACGAUGCAAAAUGGUCCAGCGAAGUGGCAGAACAGUUUAAGGACAUCACUGCAGUGGAUAUCACCACUCUGCUGGACUCCUGGACCCUCGAACAGCAAGCUGGUGCCACAAUUCUCAACCAAAUCGCCUUCUAA